AUGACCGGCACCAGGUAUUCCCCGGUCCUUGAGACCAGUCGCAUCUUCUCCGAUCUUUGUGAACAGGCAGAGCGCUUUGACUUGCCUCCGGAGGUGCUCGCAAACAAGGAUCGCGUGUCUUUCUCCACCAGUCAUAAUGAGAUCUACUUCCCCAUUCCAUUCAAAGAAACCGAGACCCUUGCCGCACUGAAGGGUAUCGAAGGCUCCGUCGCAGCCGCUAUUGCGGAUCUCCGCUUUGGCGCUGGAUCAUCGCCUCGCGGCGUUCAGGUCAGCCUUGAAGGUGCAACUGCCUUCGGAUGCCAAGCAUACAUGGCCAAAGUGGCUGGUCUGUCUAAGUUGGACCCCAAUGUGAAGUCGAAGCUCAAGAACACCGAUCUUCUGUCUGCACAGUCUAAUGGUUACCGCCGCAUGUCGGCUAACCUCUACAAGACCAAGAACCCGGACGAAUUCUUUCAUAUUCACGGUUCUCUGGAGGCUACGACUACUUUGAACAUGAUUGGGCUAGAAGGGGAGCGUCCAGAUUUAACUGACUACGAAGAGAUCAUCAAGGUCAUUGAAGAGAAGGUGCAGAAAUACACUACCUCUGAGCUUGAGGUGAUGAACAAGGAGAGACGCCAGGCUGGUGUGACUGCCUACAAACACGAAGACUUCAUCAAGACUCCCCACGGAAAACUCAAUGUGCAAGAGCCCGCAUGGAAGGUCAGCCGUCUGCCAGGCAACCUCCCCCCAACUCCAUUCCAAGCUGCUCCCAGCGACAACAAGAAGAUUCUCAAGGGCGUCAAAGUGCUGGAGAUGUGCCGUAUCAUCGCAGGCCCCACUGUUACCCGUAUUCUCGCUGAAUACGGCGCCGAUGUGUUGAAGAUUACCAGCCCCAGCCUUUCAGAUGUACCCUUCUUCCAGGUUGACGGUAACAUGGGCAAGCAUGCCGCAGACCUUGAUCUGAAGGCCGAGGCCGGACGCAAAGAGUUCGAGAAGCUUCUUGAUGAUGUCGACGUUAUUGUGGAUGGUUACCGCCCCGGGGCCCUGGACAAGCUCGGAUACGGGGCAGAGGCAAUGGCAGCUUUGGCCGAGAAGCGCGGCAAGGGUAUCAUCUAUGUGAACGAGAACUGCUUCGGAUACGAAGGCGAGUGGGCCGGCCGGGCUGGAUGGCAGCAGAUUGCCGACUGUGUCACCGGUAUCGCCUGGGCACAAGGCAAAUUCAUGGGACUCUCCACCCCCGUUGUUCCCCCCUUCCCAAUCUCCGACUACGGAACCGGCUGCAUGGGCGCCAUCGCCGCCCUGACCGGUCUCUACCACCGCGCCAAGACCGGCGGUUCAUUCCACGGAAAGGCCUCCCUGAUGCACUACGACCUUCUCCUCUUCGCCAUGGGCCAGUAUCCCGAAGAUGUGCAAGAGGAGCUGCGCUCAGUGCAGUCGGCUGAUUUCUUCAAGCUGCGCCACUGUGAUAGCGUUGACCGUAUUUCUUCGACUGUGUUGAAGAGCAUGCAUGAGCGUUUCCCUCACUUGUACCUGCCUGCUGGACCUGAGUCGGAGGGUCGCAAGCCUCUUACUGAGUUGUGGUCUUCUGGUGCUUAUGGUGCUGAUGUUGAGGUUGUCAAGCCUGUUGCUGUUAUUGGAGGCGUGGAUAAUCAGUUUGUCCGCUCUAGUCGUCCUAAUGGCAGUGACCGUGCUGUCUGGGAGGACUUUAAUGUUGCUGAGGGAGAUGUUAGGAAAGCAUAG